UUAAUCACCGGGGUGGCCCCAGGGAGGAGGAAUAUAGUAUGAUUUACCGUAGAGAAGCACGGACUUGGAGAGCAGGCUCGAGGACCAAAGCACCCUGGAGGUCAUGAGGCUGGGAGUCAUCUGUGCUCUGCUUUCUCUCCUGGAAGGGCAAGGCUGGGCAGACACCCGAGCCAUCGGGGGCAAGGAAUGCCGCCCCAACUCGCAGCCCUGGCAGGUCGGGCUCUUCUUCCUCACCCGACUCUUCUGCGGGGCAACCCUCAUCAGUGACCGCUGGCUGCUGACAGCUGCCCACUGCCGCAAGCCGUUUCUGUGGGUCCGACUCGGGGAGCACCACCUCUGGAAAUGGGAGGGUACAGAGCAGCUGUUCCGGGCCACAGACUUCUUCCCUCAUCCUGGGUUCAACAAGGACCUCAGUGCCCACGACCACAAUGAUGACAUCAUGCUGAUUCGUCUGCCCAGGAAGGCAUUACUGGGACCUGCCGUGCAGCCCCUCAAACUCAGCCGGACCUGCGUCUCCCCAGGCACCCAGUGCCUAAUCUCAGGCUGGGGGGCCACAUCCAGUCCUAAGGUGCAGUACCCACUCACCCUGCAGUGUGCCACCAUUAGCAUCCUGGAGCCCAAGCUCUGCCAACGGGCAUAUCCAGGCCACAUCUUGUACCGCAUGCUCUGUGCCGGCCUUUGGGAGGGCGGCCGGGGCCCCUGCCAGGGUGACUCUGGGGGCCCCCUGGUUUGCAAUGGGGCCCUGGCGGGUGUGGUGUCUGGGGGCUCGGAGCCCUGCUCCAGACCCCAGCGCCCUGCUGUCUAUACUAGUGUGUGCCGCUACCUGGACUGGAUUCGAAAAACCAUGGAGGACAACUGAGACCGCGCAUCUUAGAGGAAAGGAGGGUGGGCGCAGGGUAGGAGGGUUUGCAAGACUCCAGCCUCAACGGUCUCCGACUUUGGCUUCGGCUGGUCUGAAGACGCCUUCUGGGUAUUCAAGUUCCCAACUUCCGGAUAU